UCAUCCAUAAAACCUAAAAUAAGCAUUUUUAAUGCAAAAGAUAAGCUCGAAGAUCACAAGAAGCGAUAGAGAUUCUAGCAUCACAGCUGCCCUCGAUUCCUGCUCCCUUCUUCGUCUUCAUCUGCAGAGCAGCUUCUUCGCGGAUUCAGAGAUUCUCACUCCGAGUUCCAUCUUCUCUGCUAGUCCACCAUUCCGUGAGAAAGUAUCAGCGAGAAGCGAUUUAGGGCUUUUCGUAUACAAAAUGGGCGCCAUGAAGGCCGCCAUUGGAGAUGCAUUCAUCACAUUCGUAUGGAUGAUGUGCAUCUCCACCGCCGGCGCCUUCACAACCAUCGUCUCCUCCGCUUUUAAUCUUCAUGGGGUGGUUGCCAGCCUCGGUAUCACCACGCUCUUCAUCGCCAUCACCGUCUUCGUCUUCAAUAUCAUCUCUGAAGUUCUGGGGGGCGCCAGCUUCAACCCUACUGGAAACGCAGCCUUCUAUGCUGCAGGGAUCAGCAGUGACUCUCUCUUCUCCAUGGCCCUCCGCUUCCCCGCACAGGCCGCCGGAGCGGUGGGAGGUGCGCUGGCAAUCGCGGAGCUCAUGCCAUCGCAGUACAAGCACACGUUGAUCGGGCCGUCGGUGAAGGUGGAUCUACACACGGGGGCAAUUGCGGAAGGGGUGUUGACUUUCCUGAUCACAUUGGCCGUCUUGUGCAUAAUGAUCAAGGGGCCUGGAGGUUCAGUAAUCAAGACAUUGACACUUUCUGUUGCUACUGUGGCAUUGAUUGUUGCAGGAUCUGGGUACACUGGGCCAUCAAUGAAUCCUGUCAACGCAUACGGGUGGGCCUAUAUCGACAAUCGGCACAACACAUGGGAGCAGUUUUAUGUAUAUUGGAUCUGCCCCUUCAUUGGUGCCAUUCUUGCCGCUUGGGUUUUCCGAUUCCUAUUCCCUCCGCCUUCGCCGGAAUCCAAGAAGGAGAAAAAAGCUUGAAAAAAGAACUUGGAAUUACUGAUACAGAGAAACUAGCUUUUCAAACUUCUGCAACAGGCUUUAAGCCUCUGGGUAAUUUGUCCAUUUGUUGUGAACUUUAGUGCAAUAUUUUGAAUGGAUUAGCUUUCUCCAUACCUCACAUUUGUGUCUUUUUUCUUUAUU